AUGGACGGAAAGACGCCGCAACAUGCGGUCGACAUGUUCUGGAAGAGCUUCCACACCAAAGCGCCUGGUAAAGCAACCGCCGUGAUCCCGAACCGGAAACGAAGGAGGGGCAAAAAGGCCGCCGAAGCACCGGCGCCGACCGGCACGCAGAGCGCCGAAGCCUCGUACGAGGCGGCCGCCGCCACCUGCCGGGCCAAGGUGGCCAAGAUUGUGCAGGACUGCCGGCGCGUGAACCGCAAGUACCGCGAUCCGCACUUCAACAUUGAGUUUGACCUCAAGCUGAACCAGCGCGAGUGCCUCGAGUCGCUGUCCAACGCGGUGCCGCCGGAGGACGAGAGCGAGCCGGCACCGCCCGCGCCGGGCGCGCAGUUUCUGCCGCGCAGCGCCAAGCGCGUGACCGAAAUCUUCACGCGCCCGCAGUUUUAUAUCAACGGCCCGACUGCCAAUGACGUCAAGCAGGGCAACGACGGCGACUGCUGGCUCAUGGCCGCCCUGUCGGCGCUGAGCUUCAAGGAGGGCCUGAUUGAGCGGCUGUGCGUGGCGCACGACCAAGACGUCGGCGUGUACGGCUUCGUCUUUUACCGCGACGGCGAGUGGAUCUCGGAGAUUGUGGAUGACUUUCUGUACCUCACCAAGGCCGACUACGACGAUCAGCAAAAGGAUCGCAUCGCGUUUGACGAGCUGGACUAUAGGAACCCGCAGGAGGCAUACAAGCGCAUCUUUCAGUCGAAUAGCAACUCGCUGUACUUUGCUCAGUGCGAGCACCCGCAGGAGACGUGGCUGCCGCUGCUGGAAAAGUGCUAUGCAAAGGCGCACGGCGAUUAUGCCGCCCUCGAGGGCGGGCUGAGCGGCGAAGGCAUCGAGGACCUCACCGGCGGUGUUGCAUCCGAGUUCUUUGCCACUGAUAUCCUCGACAAGGACGAGUUCUGGAAGCAACUGCUGCUGGCGAACAAGGAGUUUCUGUUCGGCUGCAGCACCGGCAUUUUCGGCAGCGGAUUUGGCAGCCAGAAAGGCAUCAUCGAGGGCCACGCCUACUCUGUGCAGCGCGUCGUCGAGAUGGACGGGAAGCGCCUCGUGAUGCUGCGCAACCCGUGGGGCAAGGGCGAGUGGAAGGGUGCCUGGGCAGACGGCUCCAAGGAAUGGACGCCCGAGUGGAUGAAGAAGCUGGGCCACAAGUUUGGCGAGGACGGCGAGUUCUGGAUCUGCUACGCGGACCUGCUGCGGCACUACCAGUGCUUUGAGCGGGUGCGGCUGUUCGGCGCCGCGUGGAACGUGUCGCAGAUCUGGACGACGCUGCACGUGCCGUGGGUGCAGGAGUACAACGAGACGUACUUUUGCUUCUCCACGACGCACGCGGGGCCCGUCGUCAUUGUCGUGUCGCAGCUGGACGAGCGCUACUUCCGCGGCCUCGAGGGCCAGUACUCGUUCCAGCUGUCGUUUCGCGUGCACCGGGCCGGCCACGCGGGGUACAUUGUGCGCAGCGAGACGGCGCACCGCAUGCGGCGCUCGGCCAAUGUCGAGCUGGACCCGCUCGAGGCCGGCGCGUACGAGGUGUACGUCAAGAUCAAGGCGUGGCGCGACGACGACGUGCUGCCCGUGCAGGCCACCAUCCGCCGCUGGGCCAAGACGAAGCGCGACAAGGUCAGCCGCAUCGGCAGGGCGUACGACCUCGCCCACAGCCGCGGCCAGACGGUCGAGACAGAGCAGGAAAAGGCGGCAAGGGAGGGGUAUGAGAAGAGAAGGAGGGAGAAGAAGCGCGCGGCGGUUAAGAGCGAGCUGCGCAAGAAGCUCGGUGAUGAGUAUUAUCAGAAGAAAAAGGACUUUGAGAGGAGUCGUGCCCGAGCGGCUAAGAAGAAGGAGAGGCGGAGGGUGCAGAGGGAGGAAAAGACUAGGGUGAGAAAGGAGAGAAGGGCGGCGGCGAAAGAAGUGGCCAAGGAGGUGCCGGAAAUGAGGGCAGAGGCUGAACAGAGUCCAUCGCAGGACGACACUUUUGAACUGAGCGGCGUCAAGGGGACAGCGGACAAGGACGAAGCUGAACAGGUGGGGGAUGAACUGAGGACGCAAGAUACAAAAGACGAGGUAGUAAGAGAGUCCAAGGAGCAGGCCAAGAAGGAAACCAAGGACGCGACCCAGGAGCCAAACAAUAACAGUCCAGAAAGCAAGGAGGAUGAAGACUCGGGCUCCUCAGACUCGAACUCGUCAGACUCAGACUCAUCAGACUCUGACACCGACAGCCUCGCCUCCUUCAGCGACUACUCCGACAGGGAGCUAGAUCUGCGCGUCGACGCGCUGGCCCGCGCCGACCCGGCGCUGCUCGCCAGCUCCGACUCAGACUCGGACAGCGACUCGGACAACGGGCUGCUGGCCAAGGACCCGUGGAACGCCGUGGCCGUGGUCGGGCUGCGCGUGUACCACCAGACGGCGACGGUCACGCUCGGCGUCGUGCGGCCGAACCCGUACGCCGCCGACGACGACUCGGAUGCGGAGGAUGACAAGGCGAGGGUGCGCGUCCUGGAUGUGGAUGACUCGGCCGUGGACGCGAGCCUGCCUGGCGGGGAUGUAAGGGAGAAAAAGGACGUGAUUAUGGGGGUGAAGAGGACGGCGGCGUAG